GAGGAGGAGGAGGAGGACGGAGAAAGAGAGAAAGGGAGAGAGAAAGAGAGAAAGAGAGAGAGAGAGGGGAGACAUACUGGAUAAAGGCUACGACAAAAAAACCAUGAUGAUAAUGGAGUCGAGGCGGUGGAGGAUGUCGGAUUUACGAGAAAGGACUGUUGAAAUUUGACAGAGGGGCUCGUGUUGAAAACCCUGUUCUCCUUUUUCUUUUUUUCUUUUUUUUUUUAAAUUCCGUUUCGUUUCCACAUGCUGCUGCGUGGACACUGAAGGCGAGAGAGAGAGCAGAGAGAGAGAGAGAAGAAGGGGAGCACCCCACGGAUGCCUCGGAAGGUAAAAACGGGCUCCACCGCUGGCUGCUGCUGCACAUCUGUCCAUCCAUCCAUCCAUCCAUCCAGGCUCCAAGACGCAUCUCAGCAUCCUCUCCUCUCACUGGAUGGUUAAUAAAGGACAUCCCGGAGACAACAGCAGCUCUGGACUGAUGGAUGAGGAUGAGACACAGCUUUAACCCCCCUUUCCCCUUACCACUGUGAAAUAGAGAGAAUCCUGUUUUUGAUGGAUUUUUUUUAAUCAUUCAUGGUGUAUAGCCCCAAGGAAAGAAAGCGCGCCUUAGACAGCAAUGUUGAAUCACUGGUUCUUGGUCAAUUAUUCAUUAGUGGUGGUGGUGGUGGUGUAGGUAGUAGGCUAUGAUUUUUUUUGUAUUGCUUCAAUGUAGCAUUAAUUUUUACUAUGUUUAGUCUCUCACACACAUAUUUGCAGGUUAGAUUUUUACAUUGUGCUUAUGUAGGCCCCAUUUAAAUAGCCUUUAUAACAGCCACAGAGCCAAAUUGAGGGGAGAUUUUAGAAAGCUUUUGAUAUAGAGAAGGAAAAAAAUAUUGUCUGGGCAUUUCUAAAGAUUUUUUUUUUUCUUGUAAAAAGAGGAGGAGGAGGACGGGGGUGGAAAAAGAGAGAUAUAAGGAGAAAAAAACAAAACACCAAACAUGUUGCCUUCCCAAGAAGCCUCCAAGAUCUACCAUGACAAUUAUAUGCGCAACUCCCGUGCCAUCGGGGUGCUGUGGGCCAUCUUCACCAUCUGCUUCGCCAUCGUCAACGUGGUGGUGUUCAUCCAGCCCUACUGGAUCGGAGACAGCGUCAACACGCCGCAGGCCGGCUACUUCGGCCUCUUCCACUACUGCGUGGGCACCGGCCCGUCGCCCAGCCGGGAGCUCACCUGCGUGGGCAGCUUCUCCGACUUCAGCUCCAUCCCGUCCGGAGCCUUCAAGGCGGCCUCGGUGUUCGUGCUGCUGUCCAUGGUGCUGACCCUCAGCUGCAUUGCCUGCAUGGCGCUCUUCUUCUUCUGCAACACCUCCACCGUUUACAAGACUUGCGCCUGGAUGCAGCUGCUGUGCGGAGUAUGCCUGGUGCUGGGUUGCAUGAUCUUCCCCGACGGAUGGGACGCCGAGGUGAUCCGAGACAUGUGCGGGGAGCAAACGGGGAAAUACUCCCUGGGCGACUGCUCUGUACGCUGGGCCUAUAUGCUGGCCAUCAUGGGCAUACUGGAUGCUCUCAUCCUCUCCUUCCUGGCCUUCGUCCUGGGCAACCGGCAGACAGAUUUCUAUCUCGAUGAUUUGCAGACAGACAACAAAGAUUUUGCUGUGUCAAGGAUUGAGGUGCGGGAUAGAAGAGAGCCGAGGUAUGGAGUGCAGCGUCUUCACUGAGGGCAACAAUGGCACUGGACAACUUUUCUCCUCUUCUCUUCUCUUCUCUUCUCUUCUCCAUCUGUUUCUUUCCCUCUCCUCUCUUCUUCCCCUCUACGCUCUUCUUCUCUUCUCUCCAAUGAUCAGGAUAUCACCCAAUCUUAAUGCAGACACCAAGUGUACAUGAUUCUGUAAGAUAAAAAAACAGCAAAACACACUGGUAUAAACUAUAUUUUCAACAACAAAAAAAAUAAUACAAGCUUGUACAGUUCAUUUAACACUCGACUUUCUCAACGAAUACCUUUAUGAUGAAAAAAAAAAAAGAUUUACUGUAUUUAAAGUCCUGAUUUGUGUGAGAAAUUCAGUCCUUAUGAUGAAGAACCAUAAUGUCCAUCUAUGAUUUAAUGAUUUUUUUCAAAUCUUGCUUCUUUAAUGACUUUGAGUUUGCGUGUUGUGUACAUCCAUAGCUCCAGAAAGUGGAUUAUUGAUACUCCUGGUACAGUGACGGAGUCGAGACUCGCAAUACAGCAGCAAGUUGAUUAUUAAACAUUCAAAACACUUCAACGCUGACUUAUAUGGCUCUUCAUCUAAGGACUUUUCCAAUGUGAGGAAUUUAAAGGAGUACCCCCAUUGCAGCUUUACAGAACCUAACAUCUCUGGGAGAUUCUCUACUGUACAUACUUAACAAUGUAAAUAACAUGACUGCUGACAAAAACAGCCGACAACAAAACCUCAUCUGACUAAUGCAUUCGAGUAUAGUAUUUCUACCCUUGGUUUCAGUGUUCCUUGUGCCAAAAGAGCAUCGGAGUAUGUGCGAAUCCAUUGUGUUUAUACCCUCACUGCUGAUUUGGUGGGAUUAGACAGAUGGGAAUAAAAAUGGAUAUUUUUGCUGAAUACUCCACAGAAAAGCAGGGGACUGUGAAUCAAAGUGAUUGUGUAUUACAAUUUGUUUUUUUACACAGAACAAAAGACGCUUCCCCUGCAUCAACAAGGCCUCAAAACAAGCCUCUUAUUGUAGUAUUUCACCCUACAGUAUAUAGUAAAAAGUUGAAUUGCUGAACUGAAUUGCAGCUGUCCAAGUCAGACUUAGAAAUCACAUUUUAUUUUGAGUUCCCUCCUUUGUAAUACCCUUUCACCAGUGUGCAGUUUACUCCAGUUUAUGGUUCCAGCAUACAGUGAUCAGUUUACUCUACAGAUGUCUUAAGACUGUGUGAAUAUGGCUGUAUGAGUCGGCCUUCUCUCAGAGGGAAGCCCCAAGUGCUGCAUUGUCUUAAGGUGAUGUCACUUAUUUGCCUCUUGAACAAGCAACGCUGCUUGUAGUAGUCAUAGGAAUCACAAGUGGGACAAAAUCACAGCAACUAAUGAAUGAAAACGUCCUUAAAAAGUACUAAAUCACCUCAAAGCAUUGCCUCUGGAACAUGAGUAUUAGUCAGCAGAAUAUAUUGUGACUUGGUGUCCUACCAUUGAAUCCUUGCAUGGUAGAUAUACAUUUUUAUAUCAUUAAGGGGCCAUAGCUUGAAUUUUAGAAGAUAUAUCAAAAGUCUAAAGGUACGUGUCCACAGACUCCGUCCUUUCCACGCUUCCCAUUCUAUGUCUAUGUAAGCAGC